GCCCCUAGUACAAAUAAAAACAUUAAAAAACACGUCUUUUGGUCCCAGACCGCUAUUUAGAACAAAGUUUUAGUGUUUCUUCGGGUCAAACUUUAUAAAGGAUCUGCAGGAGAGAGGACAAAGUAUUGAAUUUGGGGAUGAUUUGAACGACAUGAGGCCUGGUCAGAUGAAAAUGUUUCUUGAUUUGGCACUGAGAUGCUGCGAGGAAAGGAGUGAAGACAGGCCAAAGAUGAUCGAUGCUGCCAAGGAGCUUAAACGAAUAGAGAGAUCACUAGUUGAUAGACCUGCUGGUCCCAGAAGCACCUUUAGGUCUUUCUUGUUUUUGGAAGAAAACUGGAAACCUCUUUGCCAAGAAAUUGAUUAUUUGUUUAAUGGAAUCGAUGGUGAAGAAGCUGAAGCAGAAUCUGAGAUCUGGGUUUUCCAGAAGAAUUGUUUUGUCUCGGAGGGCGCAAUCUACAAGUCGUUUAAAGGUAUCAUCGAAGAUAAUUCUUACUUGAUCAAGAGAUUCCACGAGGAACAUGGAGUUCUGAAUCAGCGUGGAUGUAUCACGGUUAACGGGGAAGAAUCUAUAUUGCCAUGGAGUGUACGACCGCCUUACGAAUACGGUAGAUCUGAUGGGGAUAUUAAACAUAUUGCUGUCUGUGUGAAAGGCUUAUAUGAGAAUCGGAAGCUCGAUGAAGUAAUCGAUCCAAUGAUGGCAAAAGACAUCACAAAUGGCCAAAGAUUGCAAGUGGAAGCAUGUGUGGUGCUGGCUUUGAGAUGCUGCGAGGAGAGAGAUGAAGACAGACCAAAGAUGAUCCAAGUAGCUAAGGAACUCAAGCGGAUUGAGCGAAUGGAACCGUCACUAGAUGCUAAAUCUGGAUUGUUAAAGCCUGAGAUGUUGGAAGAUGGGUCAAGUAUGGUCAAGUGGACAAAGAAAUUCGGAAUCAAGAUUGAGAUCAUGCUCAUACUAAGUUUAUGUAUCGCUGGAUGUCUUAUUGCAUUACUUUUCGGGGUAAAGCUUCGGUUUAAUUGGGAACUAUCAGAAGAAUCGGUUUACUUUACUGGACCUGACGGAUAUCGAGUAGGUAUUCUUGCAUAUGUGAAAGGUUUAUCUGAGAAUGGGAAGCUCAGUGAAGUAAUAUGUCCUAUGAUGAUGCAAGACAUGACAAGUGCUCAAAGAUUGCAGGUGGAAGCAUGCGUUUUACUUGCACUGAGAUGCUGCGAGGAGAGGGUUGAAGACAGACCGAAGAUGAUUCAGGUAGCUAAAGAACUCAAGCGGAUAGAACAUCAUGUUUUGAGAUCCUAGCUAGUGAUCAUCUCUACUCUUAGACUGUAUAGCCAAGUUUCAAAUUUAUUAGUUUUGAAAGUUUGGAACUCAAGCGGAUUAUGGACCUGAAGGAUGCCAAAGAGUUAAGGGGUUAGAAAGACUUUUGAAAGCCUCUAUGUCCGACCCAAACAAAGUCUACUUUGUGUAGAGUUGUCUAAAAGCCUUUGCUUAUAUAUGGUCUUUCUCUGUUUUUCAGAUUUCUCUAGUAUUUUUGUUGAUAUGUAACAUGAGCUUAGAUAGCUAGAUUUCAGUUUGGGCCUAAUGCCGUCAUAAUGAAACUGCAAAGCUAUC